AUGACGUCUGACUCGGCAUCUCUGCUGACUCUGAAAAGUGAUGCUCCUCUUCUUUUCGACGUGUGUGAUGUUCAACCGAAGUAUCUUCAGAAAUCUCUACUAGUGACAGGUGCCAUUGACGAGAUUGGAUUCGGAAGAUAUCAAACGGGUUUGUUUUUCGUCACCGGAUUUGGAUGGUUUGCUGACAAUGCCUGGCCCGUGGCUACUUCGUACAUCUUACAACGGUUGAACGAAGUCAAUAAAGUGCACUAUCCACCAGGCCGGGCUCCGUAUCUCACAUUAGCACAAAACUUGGGAUUGCUAGCCGGCGCUCUUUUCUGGUCGCUAUCUUCAGACAUUAUUGGUCGGCGUUGGGCCUUCAACUGCACGUUUCUCUUUACAGGUGUGUUUGCGGUCGUGGCAGGCGCCUCUCCCAAUUUCGCCGCUGCUGCCACCUUCUGCGCGUUGUGGAGCUUUGGUGUGGGUGGAAAUCUUCCUGUUGAUUCUGCCAUUUUUCUCGAAUCUUUACCGCGGAACAAAAAAUGGCUUUUGACGGUGAUGUCUGCCUGGUGGAGCUUGGGCCAAGUCGUAACAGCGCUUCUCUCUUGGGCGUUGAUUCCCAAGUACAGUUGUCAGGAGGAAACCAACUGUUUAUCUCAAAAUAACAAGGGUUGGAGAUACUUUGUCUUCACAUUAGGUGGUCUCACUCUUCUCAUGUUCUGCUCUCGCUUUUUGUUUCCCAUGUCCGAAAGUCCCACUUUCUAUUUGGCUCGAGGCGACAACAAAAGAGCAAUAUUGGCGUUGGAUAAAAUUGCGAGUUAUAAUCGUAAAUUCAAUCCCUUAACUGUGGACCAGUUAGAUGCUAUAGACGCAGCCAGUGAUGAUGACGAUGGCCUGAGUGCUGAGGUGAUGGGGAACAAAACUCUCUUGAAGCAAAGACUCAAAAAGUACAAUUUUUCACAUAUCAGAAUGUGUUUUGCCUCGAAGCGUCUCAUUUUAUCCUCCGUGUUGGUUUUCACUUCUUGGGGGCUAGUUGGUCUAGCAUUCCCGUUGUACAAUGCCUUUCUUCCCACGUACCUAGAGAACAGAGUGACAGCAUCGAAUAGUGUUUACAUCACCUAUCGUAAUACUCUUAUUGUUGCUGUCGUUGGAAUCCCAGGUGCCAUUCUAGCGGGUAUACUAGUUGAACUACGGAUCGGAAGGAAAGGCACCUUGUGUGGUGCUAUGAUCAUGACCGGAAUAGUUUUAUUUGGGUCAACAACAGCAAAAUCUUCAAAUUCAUACCUCGCUUGGACUUGCUUCUUCAAUUUCUUCUCGAACAUAAUGUACGGUGUUCUUUACGCCUACACUCCCGAAGUUUUCCCGACACAAAUACGAGGAACUGCAGUAGGAUUAGCCUCUUCUCUUAAUCGAGUCUUUGGUGUUUUUGCACCAAUUAUCGCCAUUUAUGCUGAUCUCACCACCUCGGCGCCCAUUUACGUUUCCGGCGCAUUGUUCUUGUUCUCGGGCUGUUUGGUGGUGUUCUAUCCUUACGAGCCCAGAAACGUUUCCAGUCUAUAA